AUGGAGCUACAAGAUUCAGAGAUGAUCCACUCUCUGAAGUAUUUCUACACGGCAUCUUCUGGAGUCCCAGACUUCCCUUCAUACGUGUCUGUUGGGUUGGUGGAUGAUGUUCAGAUCAGUUACUGUGACAGCAGGACCAACAAAAAUAUUCCUAAACAGGAAUGGAUGAAAGAAAAUCCAAAUUACUGGGAGGAGGAAACUAAGACAUGUCUGGAAAAACAGCAAGUCUUCAAAGCCAAUAUGGAAAUCGCUAAGCAACGAUUCAACCAGACUGGAGGAGUUCACGUCUAUCAGCAGAUGUACGGCUGUGAGUGGGAUGAUGAGACUGGAGAGGUUAAAGGUUAUGAUCAGAUUGGUUACGAUGGAGAAGAUUUUAUUGCUCUGGACCUGCAGACACUGACAUGGAUCGCUCGAGUACAACAGGCUGUCAUCACCAAAAACAAGUGGGAUAAUAAUAGAGCUGCUAUAGAGAAUGAGCGGUUCUACUUCACUCAGAUGUGUCCUGAGUGGCUGAAGAAGUAUCUGAGCUAUGGGAGGAGCUCUCUGAUGAGAACAGAUCUUCCCUCAGUGUCCUUCCUCCAGAAGUCUUCCUCCUCUCCAAUCAGCUGCUUUGCUACAGGUUUCUACCCCAACAGAGCAGAAAUGUUCUGGAGGAGAGAUGGAGCAGAGAUCCAUGAUGGUGUAAAUAGAGGAGAGAUCCUCCCUAACAAUGAUGGAACCUUCCAGAUGACUGUAGACAUAGAUCUGUCUUCUGUUCCACCUGAAGACUGGACCAACUAUGAAUGUGUGUUUCAGUUCUCUGGUAUUAGCAUCUUCCACAGACUGGAAAAUCCAAAAAGGAACAGUGAAGCCAUAACAGCAGUAAAUCAAACCUCUGGGAUCGUCUAUUUAAUGGCUUUGAAAGCUGCUGUUCUUGGUCUCUGUGUUGUGUUCACAUGCAUUCUGUACAUGAUGAAAAAAGGUUCCUGAAUGAAUUUUGUUUUGAAACACGAAGAAGGCC